AUGAAAGUGUUUGUAAACAACUCCCAGAGCAGGUGUCGCAGACUGGGGUACCUCCUCCACCGAUACCUGGGGAACUUUCUGCAGGAGAAACUAAGUUUGGAUCAGCUGAGCCUAGACCUUUAUCAAGGCACUGGAACGCUUGCUCAAGUUCCAUUGGAUAAAUGGUCACUGAAUGAACUCCUGGAAACGGCAGACGCUCCCUUUGAGGUGACGAGAGGCUUCAUUCAGACCAUCUCUCUUACUGUUCCUUGGGCCGCGCUUCUUCAGGAAAACUGUGCACUAGAAGUGAAAGGUCUAGAGUUGGUUUUCAGACCCAGACCAAGAGAUGCAUCUGGGGUAGAACCCAUGAACUGGUCCAGUUUUAUGACGAGUAGCAUGCAACUUGCCAAAGAGUGUUUGAGUCAGAAACUGACAGAUGACAUCGGGGAGAGUUUUCAACCGUUUGAAGGCCUCGAAAAGUUUGCAGAAACAAUAGAGACUGUUCUCAGAAGAGUAAAAAUGACCUUUUUAGAUACUGUUCUUAGACUUGAACACAUUCCAGAAAAUUCAAAAACUGGGAUUGCGCUUGAAUUGAGGAUCAACAAGAUUGUUUACUUUGAUGAAAGUGAUGAAGAAGGUUCAAGCGUCAACGUUCAUCAGCCGACAACAUUCGCACACAAGAAGCUGCAGCUGGAGGGAGUCACCGUCUUCUGGGAUGAAUUCUCAGAUUUGUCCCAGGGCUGUAAAUCCUCUCCUACCCCCGGAGAAACUGAACCAAAGUUGUCCCCAAGCUGGAAUCCUAAGAUCAUUUGUGAACCUCACCCCCAGUUUACAGAACACAUAUCUUCUGCGACACAUUUUGAACCAGUUCAAGUGGGCAGGCUUGGGGGUAAACUUGAGCUAUCUCUCACUUUAAAAAAUAAUCCUGCAAUGCCUGGAGCAAAGUUUCAUGUUAGUGGAGAAAUCAACACACUUAUUUUACUUCUGUCACCGCGACAAGUGCAUCUACUUCUUGAUAUGUUUGGAACCUUUUCUGGCCGCGUUUCCCAAGAAUGGGCUAAAGACAGAAAGAGCCGCCCCAUACAGCAGGAAGACGAAUACAGACUUCACAUGGAACUCAAUCGGUGCCUGAAGAAAGACACUACGGCACCUGGAGCAGAACUGUUUGACAGCCACACGACCAAAACCGUUUCAAGUCGAGAUGACGUGUUUUUCUCUAUGGCCGAUAUGGACAUGUCUCACAGUCUGUCCUCUCUUCCUCCUCUGGGUGAACCGCCCACUGUCGACUUGGACUUGUCUCUUAAUAGUAAUUAUUCGUCUCGAGAAUCUCCUCCAGGAAAUGCAAUGGUUUCCUGGGAUGAGUAUUUGGACGUACCAAGACAGAAUGAGAAGACGACCAAUGAAUCUCCCGGCCAAUCACACGACUCUCUCACGUCUCACAAAUUACCUCGGCAGACUUCUCAUCCUUCCAAAGCCUGUGGUGACGAGUCGAGGCCAGAGCUGGUGCUAAAGCUAACGCUCGGCAGUCUGGCGCUCGCCGUCCUCCACAUCGACCCUCUCCCGUCUCCAGAUGCAGCUCCGUGUACUCUCGGUCCCAUCGCGGCACACUUUUUCUGCACCGCGGGACAACAGCCGCACGAUUGCGCAGCCUUCUUUCAGACUAGAGCUGUGUUUGAUACGGCGUGCCCUCAUGACCAUCUCCGGUUGGUCGGUCACGGUUUGAAGAUAAGUUACGAACAUUAUCAAGGAUCCACUUUGCACACGUACAGCACAGACAUCUCCCUCAAUCAGAUGGAGCUUCUAGAGUGUCUGUUCCCGUGUGAGGUCGGCCACAGUGGUUCGCACAGAGGCGUUCAAUAUACUGAGCUCCUGAAAUUUGACACCACCACUGAGGCUGACGCUCAGCUCCCCACCUGUUUCCACCUACUCUACAAACUGGCUGAGCGCAGAGGCCCACAGGGAGGCCAAGUUCGUCUCAGCACCAUUCCUAGAAAAGCUGAUAUUCAGGUCGAGCUCGGCCGCGCACACUCUGAACUGGACAUCAGCAUUGUGGAUCGUCUGAACUCCUUACUGCAGCCACAGAAACUAUCCACAACAGAAGUCAUGGCUUCCCACAUGUACACGUCAUACAAUAAGCACGUUAGCUUGCACAAAGCCUUUACAGAGGUUUUCCUUGAUGACAGCCAGACACCUGCGAACUGUCAUGUGUCCCUCACGGUCACGGCUCCAGUUCUAGGCUUCGCAGUGCGGUUUCCCAUCCCCGAUUUACGCUCCGAUCAAGAGAGGGGGCCGUGGUUUAAGAAAUCUCUGCAAAAGGAAAUCCUGUUCUUGGAGAUGGAAGACUUUGAAAUGAAAACUGAGUUCAAGCGAGGAAGCUCUCCGGACCAGAUGAAGCUGGAGCUGACCUUCAGGGAGCUCACAGGGAAAUUUCAAGAAGAGCAAGUCCAACCAACAACGUGUUUCCUGAGGGUGUCGAACGCAAUGGACGGGGACCUAACCACAUCCAGCGUUAAAUUUGAUUGGCCCAGAAUUGUCCUGAAGAUGAACCCGACUGUGGUGCACUCGAUUCUGGAGAGAGUGACGGUGGAGGAUGAUGAAGGAGCAGAGGAGCACUCGCUGGAGGAGGAGGAGGAGGAAGGAGCAGCUCACUCCCUAAAAGACGUCUGUGACUUUGGGAAACCAGAACCAUCGCCUUUUUCCUCCCGGAGAGUCAUGUACGAGAACGAAGAGAUGGUGAUUCCGGGUGAUGUGGCCGAGAUGACAGACUUUCAAGAAAAAACCAUGAACAACUCUCGGUUCAUUCUUGAACUCUGCUUUCCCAAUGUUCAGUUGGCUUUUCCAAGCAAAACUUUUUAUGAAAAACUACACAACAGAAUUAGCAAUGAUCUGCUGUUGUGGGAGCCCACCGCCCCGUCUCCCGUGGAGACGGUGGAGUCCAUGCCUUAUGGAGUGGGACUCUCGGUCGCCAGUCAGUUGAUCAACACGUACGCUAAGGACAGUUUCAGCCAGUUCCGCACCACAGGCUUUGAAGACGAGUCCAGUGCUUCAGAUGAAGACAACAUACACUACUAUUCCCCUGACUCUGACUGUGGCCUCAGGUCCCGUAAAAGGAAAAAAAGCAAGAUGCCAACUAAGACCUCUCAGAGCCUCCUCUCUGUGGUCCUGUCUGUAAACCACGGCCUGGUGGCUCUACACACGGACGCCAAGAAAGACAAGACGGUUCUGAAAAACAAGCAUGGGGAAUUCUGGUUGGAGAUCAAAAACGCUGUGCUUUUUAGUGUGACACAGUACGAGGGCUUCAAAGACCAUCACUACAUUUGCUUUCACACUAGUAAUAUUUGCAUGUAUCACCAAGGGCUUGUAGAUGGGGACACAGCCGGCACAGACCUGAAACUCCCCUCUAAAACACAUCCUCAUUGGCUCGAACCAGCGAUUUACCAAUGUGAGACGUGUCCUGACCGAACGCCCACUCCCUCUGAGGGGCUGGGGCUGGAGGCUCGGAGCAUGGUCUCUGUCGCUGUCAAAGUGUCCUCUCAGAGUCUGGAGCACAAUGUAAAGGAGUUUCUGGUUGCCGUUGGUGUGAGGGGGGCCACCCUGCAGCACAGAGUGGUUGCUUCUGGUCUGAGUUGGUAUGACCAGAUAGUGGACUUUCUGAACAUUUCGGAGGAGCCUGUGUUGGGUUAUGCUCCUCCCACUUCUGCAACAACGUUACAUUUGCACUUAUGGAGCUGUUCUCUUGACUACAGGCCGCUGUAUCUGCCUCUGAGGUCUCUGGUGUUCGUGGAAACCUUCAGCAUCUCCAGCAGCGUCUCACUGGACUAUUCCUCAUCCACUCUCAGAAUUAUAUUGGAUGAAACUUCUUUGUACCUCUCAGACAAAAGUAAUACCGACUUAGUCAAUCUUGCACGAGAUUAUGUCCAAGUAGUAGAUAUGGGAACACUAGAGUUAAGGAUUACAGCUGUAAAACUAGGAGUAAAUGGAAAAUUGUCUGAGCCCAAAUUUGAGCUGCGGUGUUCCAGUGACAUCAUCCACAUCCGGACGUGCGCAGACUCCUGUGCUGCUCUCAUGAACCUGAUCCAGUACGUGGCGAGUUACGGAGACCUGGUCCCGCCUUCAGAGCACGAGGCCCGGCUCAUCUCCAAACACAGCACUGCUCAAAAGAAACAGGCCGAGUGCCCCACACAAAGCACCUCUCCUAUGCCUUUACUUGCUGACAACGAACAACAAAUUCUCCAAGAUCUAAUGAGUGACGCGAUGGAAGAGUCGGACUCACAGCAGACACAGGCUGUCCAACAGAAUGGCACCCAGGAGGAGGCGUGUCUGCAUGAGGCUCCUCAGUCCGACCUAUUCCUGUUCCCAGACGAGAGUGGAUCUUCCAACCAGGAUUCCUGCCCCACUUACCCCAUGCUCCACUCCCCCCUCAUCACCCCUGUCCCAAACCUGGCCCAGGAGACGGACGACUUCUGCAUCCUGGACACUCCUGGUUGCAGAGCAGAGGGCCGUGAUCAGGAGCCCAUAGUGAAGCGUCUGUCCUCGGAGCCGGUGGAGGUGAGGAACGAUCACUUCAGUCAGCCGCUGGAGAGCAGUGCGAGUCGAGGAGCUCUGCAUUUCCCCGUACCAGAAGUGCGCUACCUAAUCCGGGAGAUUUCAGUGGUGUGGCAUCUAUACGGAGGAAAAGACUUUGGGAGUGGAGGGUUCUCAGUCUCACCGGCGAGAAGUCGUGGCUCAACGCCUUUCAGUUCCCCCUCUCAGACCCCUGUACGGCAGCCCAGACCUCCCGGAAAGACUGGAGGUGGUAAAGGGAGAAAUCCAGACGUGUUGAUGGAGAUUCAGCUCAGCAAGGUCAGAUUUCAACAUGAAGUCUACCAACAAGCACAAGGCUCUUCCGGCACAGCAUCCGACCAGCCAGUCUCUCGCCAAGUGUUCUCGGUUCAGGAUCUGGAGAUACGAGACCGGCUAGCCACCUCGCAAAUGAACAAGUUUCUGUAUUUGUACUCGAGCAAAGAGAUGCCCAGGAAGGCGCAUUCCAACAUGCUGACGGUGAAGGCCCUCCACAUGAGUCCAGAGUCCGGACAGGCCCCACAGGAGUGCUGCCUGCGGGUUUCUCUCAUGCCUCUGCGCCUCAAUAUUGAUCAGGACGCACUGUUCUUCCUGAAAGACUUUUUCUCGAGUCUCGCUGCAGAAGUUGAGUUUUUCGCUCCACCUGCUCAAGAAGCUCCCAGCGUGUCUCCUAAAGUGUCCGCUCCGGAAAUCUCCUGCUCUUUCUCAAAGCCCAGCAGCCAGGACCCUGCGCCAAUCAUCUCUGUCCCGACCCACAGACGUCUGAGCGGAUUCUCGGGAUUUGAGGCCCACGAGAGCGAAGCAGCCGCUCUCACCUUCACAGACCAGCCCAUCUUCUUCAGAGAGUUUCAAUUUACCUCCGAAGUCCCCAUUCGCCUGGACUAUCACGGGAAGCAUGUAGUAAUGGAGCAGGGAACGUUCGCUGGGAUCAUUAUUGGACUCACUCAACUGAACUGCUCUGAAUUGAAACUUCGCCGGCUUUGCUACAGACAAGGGUUAUUGGGCGUGGACAAACUUUUUACUUAUGCAAUGAACGAGUGGCUGAAUGACAUCAAGAAGAAUCAGCUCCCAGGCCUUCUGGGCGGCGUGGGGCCCAUUCACUCCUUGGUGCAGCUUGUGCAGGGAUUCAGAGAUCUGGUGUGGCUUCCUAUCGAGCAGUACAGGAAGGAUGGGAGAAUUGUUCGUGGUUUCCAGCGAGGGACUGCUUCCUUUGGGACGUCUACUGCGAUGGCUGCUCUGGAGCUUACCAACAGGAUGGUGCGGACGAUACAGGCAGCGGCAGAGACGGCUUAUGACCUGGUGUCUCCGGUCCCUGAUGAACGAGACACCAAGAAAAUCAAACGGUUUUCACAUUAUGGACUGGCCCAUCAGCCGGUGGAUCUGAGAGAGGGCAUGGCGAAAGCCUACACUGUGGUUAAAGAGGGCAUCGCAGACACGGCUCUGACCAUCUUCGACACGGCGACUCGAGAGCACGAGCAGAGGGGCAUGACUGGGGCAGUGGGAGGUGUCCUGAGACAGCUGCCCCCCGCUGUGGUCAAGCCUCUGAUCAUGGCCACUGAAGCCACCUCCAACGUGCUGGGCGGCAUGAGAAACCAAAUCCACCCAGACGCUCGCCAAGAGGAGUCCCAGAAGUGGAGACAAGGGGAAGAGUGA